GAUGAAGGUGGCCAAGCAGGCGGUUUUGGCAGCGGAUCCAGUGGUGGACACGAAUCAAGUUUUAGUUGAUUCGUUCCCUUGGUUAGAGUAUGGACUCCCUCUCCUUUCCCCCCCCUUCUCGGGGAUUCCUUGUUUAUACUAACUGAACAGGAACUGGGCCCCUGACAACACGAUUAAUACCCCCAGUACUGUUCCAACGCCGCCGAUAUUCCCUCAGAAUGCAGCCUUUCCUAUGCUUGGAACGCUUGCAGGAGACGUUGCGAUGCUGUCGGGAUCUGGGGUUAAUUGUCAAUGGUUGAGCAAUGGCCUGGAUCCGAGGAGCAUCCCUGGAUGUUUAUACUGAUCAAGAAUAAUUUCCUAUAUACAUGAAGGUCAAUAGACGGCGAACAUAGAUAUAAAUUUAAGAUAAUCCACCGGUCUAAUAACAAGUAUACAAGGGGGUACUUAAAACCUUCCAGGAAACCAUCUAGCUAUUCACAGUAGGCGGUGUCUAGUAUAGUGCAUUCAAGGAUCAAGAAUCGAUUGGCUAUCGUUUUCGUCUAUGCGCGACAGUCUACGCUAGUGAAACAACGUAGUACUAAAAGACGACUAUUGCCAUGAUUCGCAACUCUCCCCGCAUUAUCAGUCAUUCUCUAAUCCCCUCCCUAACUCAGUAACAGCACUAAAGAAGAUGACACCAACCAACCUAUCGACCCUUCUCAAAAGCUCCUCUCUAGACCUAACCCCCUACGAAGCUCUCUACAAGCACUUCCACGCCCACCCCGAACUCUCCCUCCAAGAAGCCACCACAUCCCAAACUGUCGCCUCCCACCUCUCCCAACUAAAUGCCUACGAACUCCACACAAACAUCGGCGGCUACGGGCUCGCCGGAAUCCUCCGCAACGGCGAUGGCAACACCGUCCUCCUACGCGCCGACAUGGACGCCCUCCCCGUGAAAGAACUAACCGGCCUCCCAUACGCCAGUACAGUAAUAAUGAAAGACGCCGACGGCAUCGACAAACCCGUCAUGCACGCCUGCGGCCACGACAUGCACAUGACAUGCCUCCUCGCCGCGGCCGAAACCCUCGCCAACAUGCGACACGCCUGGAGCGGGACCCUAAUCGUCCUCUUCCAGCCGAACGAGGAACGCGGCGGCGGCGCACAGGCCAUGGUCGCCGACGGACUUUACUCCAAAAUCCCUGUCCCGGACUACGUCUUCGGGCAGCAUGUCAUGCGCAUGCGGGCUGGAACCGUCGGCUCUCGGCCGGGAACCAUCAUGGCCGCGGCCGAUAGUCUCAAGAUCACGGUGUACGGGCGGGGCGGGCACGGCUCGCUCCCGCAUCAAACGGUCGAUCCGGCACUCCUGGCCGCGCACAUCGUCAUCAGACUACAGGGCAUCGUGAGUAGAGAAGUAGAUCCCACCGAUCUGGCCGUCGUGACCGUUGGAAGCCUCCAAGCCGGCCAGACGGAGAAUAUCAUCGCAGACCGAGCUGAAAUCGGGCUUGACUUCCGCACCGUCAAGCCGGAGACUCGGGAGCAGAUUAUUUCUGCGAUUCGCCGCAUUGUAGAGGCGGAGUGUGUGGCUAGUGGGUCGCCUAAGCCCCCUGUUUUUGAGCCCACGAGGCGGUUUCCCCCGACAAAUAAUGACCACGAGGUGGCGGGGAAGUUGGCAGCGUCAUUUGCAGAGCAUUUUGAGGGGUUUGACGGGGAUGUGCCGAGGUCGAAUGUCAGUGAGGACUUUUCGACGUUGGGGACUUGUAGGGAUUUGCCGUGUUGUUUUUGGUUUAUUGGCGGGGUGGAGGCGGAGAAGUGGGAUAGGGCCAUGAGGGAGGAUCGGAUGGAGGAGAUACCCGGGAAUCAUUCGGCGUUGUUUGCGCCGGCUAUACAGCCGACGAUGAGGGUGGGGGUGGAUACGCUUUGUAUGGCUGCUUUGACAUUUUUGGGGGGGGCAGAUGUAUAGUAGUACAGUUGGGCGGAUAUAAAAUGAGGGUUAGGGUUCUUGGCUCUUGUCAUGUAAGGGGUAGAUGCGGUCGAAAAAGAAAUCCCGCAUAGAAC